AUGAAGAUAGUGAAGAGGAUGCACAAAACAGGGUUAGAUGGAGGUUUACUGGUAUGCCAAUUUUGGGAUUCAAGCAUCCACACUGCAAAGAUGGCUGGUCUUCACCUGUUGGUUGUCCUUUGUGUGAUCGUUGCACUGAGCCAAGCUAGACAGACCCCCCCAGACAAAAAUAAUUGCCCGAAAGGCUGGACUCAGCUGGACAAGUACUGCUACAGCUUCAAAAAUGAUCCUAGGAGCUUUUCAGAUGCAGAGAGUGUCUGCAACAUUCUCGGCGGAAACCUGGUCUCGAUCAACAGCGCCAAAGAACACGCACUGGUUGUUGAACUGAUUCGGGCGGGGGCUGGUUCUGUCGUAGACACCUGGAUUGGACUCCAUGAUGCAAUUCUGGAAGGGGAUUUCGUAUGGACCGAUGGCGAAGUUGUUAAUUUCAGGAACUUUGGCGCUAACCAGCCUGACAACAACGGUGGAAAUGAAGACUGUGUAGAGAUUGAAGCAGAUGACUCACUGUGGGAUGAUGAUGAGUGCGCCGACUUAAAUCCAUUUGUCUGCAUCAGACCUGUGGAUGAAAAAGAUUGCCAUUAAUCAGCCAUCUUUCCCUUCUUCUCUUCAAAAAGAAGACAUUUUCUCAAUCAUGCUAACUUUUGAGAUGAUUUCUGUGGGAUUCUUCGGUGUUCAAGACAGGUUCAUUCGCUUGUUAAUGUUUGUCGCCAUUGGCUAGCCUUUCUUUUCAAUAAAUUUAUUUUUUCUGAGCAUUUAAA